GACGCAAACCUCUCGGUUAAAACCCGGGUCCCCUCGGUUCCUCUCAAACGCUCCGCACUGUGAGUCUCGGGGAGCGGUUUUAGAGGACACGGAGAUUUCUCCUCGCUUUUCCUCCGUUGCGGUGAGAUUUGAAUCAGAAAGAAUAGACAAGUUCUUGGAGUUGCAAUCUCGAAAAUCAACCACAAAGUAAUUCUUGGAUAGAGAGAGAAGCAAAGAAAUGUUGGGUGGUCUUUAUGGGGAUCUCCCUCCUCCUUCUUCAACACCUUCAGCUGAUGAAGAGAAAAGCAGCACUUCGGCUGUUUGGUCAAGUAGUGCCAAAAUGGCACCACCUACACUGCGGAAGCCGUCAUCCGUGUUUGCUCCACCGCAGUCUGUGUUGAAGAGCCAGCAGUCCCAAAGCAAGGCUAAAAGCUCAGCUGCACCCCAAAUAAAAACAUCAAGUUCUUUUACCCCUUCACCAGCAUUGCCUGAUAAUGGUACCAAAAGCCCAUCUUUUCAACCUGCUCUUGUAGGGGUCACAUCUACCGUGGUCGAUGAAUAUGAUCCUGCUAAGCCAAAUGAUUAUGAGGAAUAUAGGAGGGAGAAGAAGAGGCGGGCUAUGGAAGUGGAGAUGAAGAGGGAACUUGAGAGGAGGCGGCGGGAAGAGGAGGAAAGGGAAAGGGAGAGGGAACAAAGGGAACGGGAGGCUGCACAGAGAGAGGAGAGAGAUCAUCAAUCUAGGUCUUCUUCAUUAAAUAUUUCUGGCGAAGAAGCAUGGAAACGGCGUGCUGCCAUGAGUGGGAAUUUGGGUGGUGUUGGCCCAAGGUCGCCUUCACCACCAAAUGGAGAGGGAUUCAUCAUUGGGAAGUCUGAUUCAACUGGGUUAGGUGUUGGCGCAGGUGGGCAGAUGACUGCUGCCCAAAGGAUGAUGGCAAAGAUGGGCUGGAAAGAAGGCCAGGGGCUUGGGAAACAAGAGCAGGGAAUUACAACUCCUCUGAUGGCCAAGAAGACAGAUAGACGAGCUGGGGUGAUUGUGAAUGCUAGUGAGACUAAAGCUGAGAAGAAGUUAAAGAGUGUGAAUUUCAGUAGCCCACCAACUCGAGUCUUGCUACUCCGGAACAUGGUUGGGCCAGGAGAGGUGGAUGAUGAUCUUGAAGAUGAGGUUUCUUCAGAAUGUGCCAAGUAUGGUACUGUGACGCGUGUCCUGAUAUUUGAGAUUACAGAGCCAAACUUCCCAGCAGAUGAAGCUGUCAGGAUCUUUGUGCAGUUUGAGAGGUCAGAGGAAACAACGAAGGCAUUAAUCGAUCUAGAAGGCCGGUUCUUUGGUGGUAGAGUGGUGCACGCUACAUUCUAUGAUGAAGAGAGGUUCGGAAAGAAUGAGCUGGCACCCGUUCCUGGAGAAAUUCCUGGUUAUCCUUGAAACUGGUUGGGUGAUGAACCUUUGCCAAUGUGUGUGCGAGGAUCCCAUUAUAACUAAUUAUUGCAUUUUGUUAGAAACAGUACAAGAGUGAGGCUUGCCAGGAUACAGUUGCAGCAAUUCUCAUUAGUAGUUCAUAUUGAUCACUGAAGUUGCAGAUUAAGAUGUUAAUUCUAUGGUGUGUUGAAUCAACAGAGUGCAUAUGCAGGUCUGUUCAAAUCUAACUUUUGUGAACUACUAUAAAUACACGAGCUGUUAUUGUGUCUGAUGCAUUAACAAGAUAGCAGAUUAUCUUACUGUAUCUUUCAAAUUUUAAGAAUUAAAUGAUUGGGCAUCAUCUGUUUAUGUUGUUUUUAAUCCGGCUGAUGUCUUAAUUAGAGAAAACAAGUAACUCUUCUUCUUGAGGCA